AUGGUCCUGCCCUUGGACUUGGCACAUCUCCUUGUGCGGCAACAUGACGGAACUGAAGAACCGUCCCCAGUGAACUGUGAAACUGGCAACGGCUACGAUGGGCGGAUGGGAGUACGUAUCUCCGCAGUGUUUGUCAUUUUGGUCGGCUCUAUGCUCGGCGCCAUGUUUCCAGUCUACGCGAGAAGACACAGUGGACUGGGAGUUCCCGACUGGGCGUUCUUCGUCGCUAAGUAUUUUGGUUCCGGUGUUAUUAUCGCCACGGCUUUCAUACAUUUGCUCGCGCCCGCUAAUGAGGCCCUCGGUAAUGGGUGUCUCACAGGUGCCAUUACAGAGUACCCCUGGGUGGAGGGCAUUGCUUUGAUGACGAUCAUGCUCAUGUUCUUCCUUGAACUCAUGACAAUGCGCUACGGGAACUUUGGCGGCGAACACUCACACUCACACGGCCACUCCCAUCCCUCAGCUUUACCCCAGGGCAGUAACAGCGAUGACAUCAGUCUCAAUUCGCCCAAAAAGUAUGAGACCCGUGGAGAGAGUCCUGGUCACGGCCACCAUCAUACUCCUGGCGAAGAUCACCUAGGCCACGCCAGAGAGCACACUGACAAUGCCAUUGUCAACCCUGACUGGCUGGAACAUGGCAUUGUUCCAGAGACAUACGCUGCUCAAAUCACAGCCAUCUUCAUCCUCGAAUUUGGCGUCAUUUUUCACUCCAUCUUCGUCGGCCUCACACUUGCCGUCGCUGGCUCUGAGUUCGUAACCCUCUACAUUGUCCUCGUCUUUCACCAGACCUUUGAAGGCCUCGGUCUCGGAUCAAGACUUGCCACUGUCCCGUGGCCCAAGUCUAAGAGAUGGACACCUUAUAUCCUCGGCUUCGCAUACGGUAUCUCGACUCCCAUCGCCAUCGCAAUAGGCCUCGGCGUCCGCAACACCUAUCCUCCAGAAUCAGCAACAACGCUUAUCGUAAAUGGAGUCUUCGACUCCAUCAGCGCGGGUAUUCUAAUCUAUACUGGACUCGUGGAGCUUAUGGCCCAUGAGUUCAUGUUCAGCCCCUAUAUGCAAAAGGGUCCAAUAGGCAGGUUACUCAGCGCUUUUGUGCUUAUGUGUCUUGGUGCCGGGCUCAUGGCUCUUCUUGGUAAAUGGGCAUGA